CCACCAUCUCUUAACGGAUAACAUGGCCUCUACCUUCAUUCUCUCGCCUGCCGCCACCGCCACCGCCACCCCCACCGCUGCAUCUGUUACCCACCAAUCUCUUCAUCUCUCCUCCAAACUCUCCUUCCGUAACAUCCUGUUUGGUCCAAUUUCUAAUAACAGCAGACUGACUACUUCCACAAGGCUCCACGUGUCCUCUCCGACCAACAAACCCCUCGCUACUGCCGCCAACCCCAAAGAAGAAACCAUCUUCUUCGAUGGCGGCGCCCACUAUGGCGACCUUAUAGCGAACCUGCUUCUGGGUUUCACGCUCCUGUGGCUGCCGUUAACCUUGGCUGCCGUAUCAAGGGCUUUUUACUUGAGAUACAGAUUCACCAAUUUGCGGGUGACGGUUAUCUCCGGGUUGACGGGUCAGGACCGGAGCGAUUUCUCUUACAAAGUGAUCAAGGACGUGCAAGUGGUGCCGCGAUUUGUGGGUGAAUGGGGUGAUAUUGUCAUUACCUUGAAGGAUGGAACUAAGGUGGAUCUUAGGAGUGUGCCCAAGUUUAGAGAAAUUGCCAAGUACUGUCUAGCUAUGGCUGAGAAGCCUGUGGUAUUAAAGGAAAAAGGGCCUAAAGGGUUUUGAGUAAAUCUUCUUUCCUUGAAGAGGAUUGUUGAUUUGUAGUGCUCAUGCUGAACACUGGCACCCUUGCAGAGUGUCAUCACAGUGAUAUUUCCCGCAAUUACUUACUUAUAUGCCCUUGUUCAGUGAGGAGGUAAACAUGUUGAAAUUUGCUAACAUGAAUCAUGCCAAAACUCCUUUGGACAGUAGCAGUAGUAGAUACUCUGAACUCUUAUUUUUACUUUAUACAAUGAAAUAUAUCUAUCUUCACAUGCGAUUAAAAUAAGAAAUCUCAAUUUGUUGAUUUGACUUGGGCUCAACAUGGCUGUAGCCCAAAUAGAAAAGAUGGUGAAGUUUGGCCCUGUUGUGUACUUAAAUUUGGAUUCAAAUAGGUACCAAAGGCGCAUAUGCUUCCAUUAGAAGAGAGGCACCAUAAUUAAUACUU